CGUGAGAAUACUUCCGAACGCUUGGAACAUCCAUACUACUUGAGAUAUCCCCUGGUCAUCUGAUGUGGGUCUGUCGAUCAUGAUUGACGUGAUCAUGCAAGGGACAUGGUCCCGCAAUUCCGCUUUAGUGGAGCAAAAGCUCGCAUGGCCCUGCUCAGGGUGGCUUUACCGUUGCUCUCAAUGAGUUUGCUGUCACUUUUGUUGCUUUUGCGUGGUGGCUGCUGUCAUAGCAAUAGUGCUACAGCCGCAACCGUCCUGUGUCAAGAUUCAACAGCUGCCAAGAAUCUAGAGUUGUCUCCCAAUCACAGCAACCAAUUGAUACAGUCUCGAAGAACCGCUUCCUCGCCUCUAGCGUCAUCGGAGCCAGCCGUAAUCGCCAUCGCGGCCCCUGACUACGAACAUCGAAAUGGCCGAAGAAGCCCCGCAGGAGGUGGUGUUAGCAUUCUUGGUUGAGUAAGUCCCUAUAAGUAGCCUUAAGCUUGGCCACUGGCCGAUCUU